CAUCACUAAGACACAUUCAAGGUGACAACGAAAUUAGAACCCACUACUUCCUUCUUAUAGAGCGUUGCUGAAUCGACGAGACACUAUGCCUGGGAGUAUUGCCUUUUGAAUUUUAUAGCGAAACAAAUGUAUAUAUUAAUUUAAGAUUUUUAACGAAAAUAAGCAGGUACAAAACGCGUGGAAACUCAUAAUCAUGCGCGAUUCAUUAAUAAAUUAAUAAGAAAUAAUAAGACUAUCUUAGUGGAUGUCUUUGAUUCUAUGGGAUUACCAAACAACUGCUACACUAUCAACAGUUUUGUGGGAGAAGUUCAAACAAAAAUUAAAAAGAUUCCGUCAAAGACAUAUGUCAAUAUAAAAAUUAAAACAUCAGUGAAGGAUACUUUUUACACAGCAACGCCAGCCGUGUUCCAAAUAUCCAUUCAUAAUCCUAGAGUUCUAGUAAAUCCAUUUAAAAAAGGAAUCUCUGUAAAGCCAUGUUUUAAUUAUUAUCUAUACCCCUCAAAGGUUGUAAAUAUUUUGAUGUCAGCUCCUUAUGACACCAACUGCACAGAUUACUUUGAAGAGUGGGUAGCGAGAGGAGGCGUAGGGCCAUUGUCUCAAACACAGUGCCGAGAGGAAUGUCUUUUGAAUGCUACUUUAGAGGAUUCUCAUUGUGUUGAUCCCUUUUACAUAGCGUAUCCAAACACGGCACCCAUAUGCAAUCAGCCUGUAUAUGGAAAUAAAUAUUUCAAAAAGUGUUUGCACCUUUGUUCUAGGGCAUGCUACCGCGAAGAUAUUUUGAUUGAUGUGGAAGAACAUGCGUCAUUGUUGGCAAGAGAGAACAAAGAUGAGGCCGAUGAGUGCAUUUCUGUUUUGACAAUAGCAUUCAGCAGAAUGGAAGUAAAAACUUUCAGAUAUUCCGCGAAGUAUCAGGGAAUCGAAAUGUUUGGCAAUAUUGGCGGUAUUUUGGGAGUUUGGCUUGGUAUUUCUCUUAUGGCGAUAACCGAUGUCUUUGAAACAUGCUACGUUGUUUUUCGUCACUUUAGAAAAAGGAUCCAUCGAAAGAAGAUAAAGAAGGAAUUAAUCAAGGCAGAAAAGCUAUUUCAAGAUUGUUAUCAUUGUGAUUCGAAAGGGAAUUUUACAUUAAAGAUUUAUUAAUGGGAAA